UCUCACUCUCUUUUUAGUUUUUAAGUUCUCUCUGAUUCAGUUCCCUUGUUGAGGUCUCUCUCUUUCUCUCAUGGCCAAGUCGAAGAACCAAUCACACAAGCUCUCUUACAUUUCUGUACCAUCUCAAAUUGUCAGCUCUCUUUCAGCUUCUUCUCUUCACUCUCUACUCCUUUCGCCGACCAAGAAGUCUUCAAAGAAGAAUGCAAGCAAUUUCUUCAGCAACAACUCAAGGAACCCAAAGUUCUGGGCUUUCUUGCUCUUUCUCUUUGCUUUGCUUGGAAUGUUGGAGGUGGGAUUCAACUUCGAUCCUUUACUUCCUUUUUGGCCGAGGCCAUGUUCAUUGGAUGGUCAAACUCAGGCGUCGACUGUGAAGGGAAACUCUGUUAUGCCAUUGUCCUUUGAAUCUAGAGAUGGGGAGGAAAGUGAGGAAGGUGAGGAAGCGGAGUUCUGGAAGCAACCGGACGGGUUGGGUUAUCGUCCCUGCUUGUAUUUCAGCACAGAGUAUCGACGGUCCACCUCUGAGAUUCUGAAGGAUCGAACCAAAUAUCUAAUGGUUGUGGUUUCUGGUGGGAUGAACCAGCAGAGGAACCAGAUCGUUGAUGCAGUUGUUAUUUCUCGUAUUCUUGGAGCUGCUUUGGUUGUUCCUAUCUUGCAAGUGAACGUUAUUUGGGGAGAUGAAAGCGAAUUUUCUGAUAUUUUCGAUCUGGAUCACUUCAAAAGAGUUCUUGCCCAUGAUGUACGGAUAGUUUCAUCGUUGCCAUCGACGCAUCUGAUGUCGAGGCCAGUGGAGGAGAAGCGGACCCCUCUUCAUGUCUCCCCGCGUUGGAUUCGCCAACGCUACCUCAAGCGGCUUAACAGGGACAACGUGUUGCUCUUGCGGGGUUUGGAUUCUAGGCUCUCAAAGGAUCUUCCCUCUGAUCUUCAGAAGCUCCGGUGCAAGGUGGCAUUUCAUGCAUUGAGGUUUGCCCCUCCUAUUCUAGAGCUUGGUAACAAGCUAGCAGACAGAAUGCGGAGUGAGGGACCAUACCUUGCUCUUCAUCUACGCAUGGAGAAAGAUGUUUGGGUGAGGACUGGGUGUCUUCCUGGGUUGAGCCGUGAGUAUGAUGAGAUAAUUCGCAAUGAGAGAAAAUUAAGGCCAGAGCUCCUUACAGCAAGAUCGAACAUGACUUACCAUGAUCGCAAGCUUGCAGGGCUUUGCCCUCUGAAUGCCUUGGAAGUUACCAGGCUGCUUAAAGCACUUGAAGCUCCAAGAAAUGCAACGAUAUAUUGGGCAGGAGGCCUUCCAUUGGGGGGAAGAGAAGCUUUACUACCUUUAAUCAGAGAAUUUCCUCAUUUCUAUAACAAGAAUGACCUUGCUUUGCCUGGAGAAUUGGAGCCAUUUGCAAACAGAGCCUCUCUUCUAGCUGCUAUUGAUUAUAUAGUUUCUGAGAACAGUGAUGUCUUCAUGCCAUCUCAUGGUGGGAAUAUGGGGCAUGCUAUACAGGGCCAUAGGGCCUAUGCAGGGCACAAGAAGUAUAUAACCCCGAACAAAAGACAGAUGCUUCCUUACUUCUUAAAUUCUUCUCUACCGGAAUCUGAGUUUAAUAGGAUUAUAAGGGAUCUUCACCAUGAUUCUCUGGGGCAGCCGGAGAUCAGAACAAGCAAGGCCGGGAGGGAUGUGACAAAGUAUCCUGUAACAGAGUGCAUGUGCAAUGAUUCUAAUCCAAGAUCCACAACAUGAUUCAACUAUGAAAGGAUUCCCACGGGAUUGGAUUGCAACAGUUUUCUCCAUUGGAAAACUUGGGUACGCCGCCCUUAAAUGAGUCGUACCUUUUGAGACCUGAAAACUUCAUUCUUGAGGGCACCAUGGCUCCUGAGCAGUCAUUUUAGAGAGGCAAUUUUGGAGGUAUAUCUUCUGCAAGUAUGUGUCCAUACGUGCAUACUCAUUGCCACCUCUGUCUAUGUAGGCAUGCAUGAGUCAUGGUAUAGGUGCCCUGUAUAUGAUAGUAAUACCAUGAAAGAGCAAAAAUCAUUUCUUUAUUCUUUUCAGGAUAGUUUUGCCAGGGAUUUAUUUGUUCCUGUUUCAUUCUUUUUAAGCAUACAUGUAUCAUGAAUUGCUACUUGUACAUAUAUGUAUAAAUGAUCAUGAAUUGGUGUUAUAGUAUAAGUUGGCCUCUUCAUGGUUA